UUCCCCGAUUGUAGUCCGACACUUCGCCGAUAUCUCACUCGGCAUCUCCCCAUCCUCCGCUUGCAAGUUUCCCCUUGGUACAUCAUCUCGCAUUGUGCAUUGUGCAUUUGCCCAGUUUCCUGACGACUGAACCCCUCCCCCUCGCCCUCCACUUCCCCCUCCCCCCAGUUGCGACUCUGUUACCAAAUCGACAAUCUAUUCCUGCAACACCUACCUUGCUUUACUAUCCGCCCAGGUACUCCGUACCCCGUACCUAGAAAUCCCCCCCUCUGAACUCGCCCACCUGUCGACUCUCUUCGAGCACCGAGUUACGAAAUACAAUACUCCUUGUGGAUACGGGGCCCGCGUCACGCAGAAGUCAGAAACUGGAGAGGGAAAAAGUAUCCGUGUCUUCGCCAAGUCCCUCCCCCCCUCACCCCGACUUGGAUUGAACCCCGGAGCGUCCGAGUCAAAAAGAAGAAGAAAAAAAAAAACACAUCAAACAAGCCCGCAUCUGCAGGUACAUUUCCUGCAGCAACGGAAGCUGCAACGCAAACCAAAUAAACCGCAACGCCUCGAGACGAGACCCUCGGCGACAUACAACCGUUAGACCCAGCUACAUCCUACAUCCUACCUGCCUCGGUAUUCGUACACAUACCUGCUUGCUAUCGGCUCCCUGCUACCAAACCAACCCAGGUAAGCAGCCCACACUGCACACUGUGAUACACACUAUUAUAGUACCUACGGAUGCUCCCCCCUCCCUGUUCCCUGGCUUCAGUGGCAUCCUAGCGGGAGCCCGUUCGAUGGAGGCGCAUGUCCGCUGCGGGCAGACGGGUUGGCGCCUGUAAUCGCAAAGCCUCCCAUUCGCCCGUCUAACCCCGUCGUACCACUCUUGAUGUGAUGCCAUAAUAGUAACCGCCCCCAGACGGACACAGACAAAACAGACCACACCCUACCGGUACCACUGACCACCACCACCGACCACCGCCGCCGCCGCCGCCGCCGCCGCCGUCAGCCGUCAGCCGUCACACCGAGACCCUUUAUUAUUGCACUGGCCCUCCUUGACUCUUCCCUGCCUCUCUCCCUCACGAAAGGGAAGCUCCGACACUGAAAAUGCCCGGUGACUCCUCCUCAGCAUCCUCUUCUACUUCUUCCUCUCCCCAGACCAACUCAACCCUCUCGAGAAUACGCAACAUUGCAUCACACAUCAUGGCGCCCGUCGCAGCAACAAGUUUCCCCGCCGACACGGUGCCCCAAGCUCCCGAGGACCCCCUCUUUGGCUUGAUGGCUGCCUACCGUGCCGAUGAGAGCAAGGACAAGGUCGACCUGGGCAUUGGAGCGUACCGCGAUGACAAUGCGAAGCCUUGGGUGCUACCCGUCGUCAAGAAGGCCGACGAGAUCCUUCGCAACGACCCCGAACUCAACCACGAAUAUGCUCCCAUCGCCGGUAUUCCUGCCUUCACCGGCAAGGCCAACGAGCUGAUGCUCGGCGCCGACUCGCCCGCCAUCCGCGAGAAGCGCACCACCUCGGUCCAGACCAUCUCCGGCACCGGCGCCGUCCACCUCGGCGCCCUCUUCCUCGCAAAGUUCUACAAGGGCAACCGCACCAUCUACAUCUCCAACCCCACCUGGGCCAACCACAACCAAAUCUUCGGCAACGUCGGCCUGCCCAUCGCCCAGUACCCCUACUUCUCUAAGCAGACAAAGGGCCUCGACUUUGACGGCCUCAAGGCCGCUCUCUCCGGCGCCCCCGAACGCUCCGUCAUCCUCCUCCACGCCUGUGCCCACAACCCCACCGGCGUCGACCCGACCCGCGACCAGUGGAAGGAGAUUGCCGCCCUGAUGCGCCAGAAGAACCACUUCCCCUUCUUCGACUGCGCCUACCAGGGCUUCGCCUCUGGCAACCUCGCCCAGGACGCCUGGGCCGUCCGCUACUUCAUCGAGCAGGGCUUUGAGCUGCUCAUCGCCCAGAGCUUCGCAAAGAACUUUGGCCUUUACGGCGAGCGCGCCGGCUGCUUCCACUUCGUCACCGCCCCCGCCGCCGACGCGCCCCAGACCACUUCCCGCAUCGCCUCCCAGCUCGCCAUCCUGCAGCGCUCGGAGAUCUCCAAUCCGCCCCUUUACGGCGCCCGCGUCGCCGCCACCGUGCUCAACUCCCCUGAGCUGUUUGCCGAGUGGGAGGAAAAUCUGCGCACCAUGUCCGGCCGCAUCAUUGAGAUGCGCAAGGUCCUGCGAGCCAAGCUUGAAGAGCUCGGUACCCCGGGCACCUGGAACCACAUCACCGACCAGAUCGGCAUGUUCAGCUUCACUGGUCUGUCCGAGGCCCAGGUGCUGAAAUUGCGCUCCGACGCCCACGUCUACAUGACCAAGAACGGUCGCAUCAGCAUGGCUGGUCUCAACACGAGAAAUGUCGAAUAUUUUGCCAAGGCUGUGGACAAGGUCGUCCGCGAGUCGCAGUAAACAAAACAAAAGGGGCUCUGGUUGGACGUUUCGGCAUGAAUUGUAAAUGUGACGAGUUCCGAGCGUCUAAAUGCUGCUCAAUGGGAUAGGCCCCGGGACUGUGAUGUCCCGGCAACGAUGAAUGGUUACCGCACCUCAAGGAUGAUGGGCGACGUGCGGCAGGAAACGGAAAAAAAGGAUUCUAGAUUUCCCUGCUCUGGAGUAAUCAACCAGCUCUUGUACUUUGCGCGCGACGCUUUGCAGCCCGUCUGAUCCCUCGUUUGAUGUACCGAGUGCUUAACUGCACACAACUUACAUGAUGGCGUCGCGAAGGAUGAUGUCUACUUCCUGCUGGUGGAAAGGAGCGCCGUCGCAUCUAUCUCCAUCUUGUACUACCCGCCGAUCUACUUACCGACCACCGGGGACUCUUCGAAGAGGGGUUCUUGGGUGUCUAUGAGGCAGAGACCACUUGGGGGUCGGACUGAACAGAGCCGGCAUGGGUGUAUCCAACGGAAAGCAUGUUGCGUACGCACCAUUGUGAAUGUGUUGUCGGGUGGUGGAUGACGGCGAUGGGGCUUGGGUUAAACCCUUCUCCCUCCUAGCUGUGUACCACGGGUGUUUCGAGUCACCGGGUCGACGAGCGAAACUCCCCCGCCGGGGGGUCGACUCCGGAGACGCCCGUGCCAGACACCCCACCCUCUUGUCCGGGCCGCUGCUUCUCUGACCUUGACCUGAACAUGUCUUGCGUCCGAGUCGGGAUUGCCAAGUCUUUUUUCGGACGGUGUGUCACGUAAUAGUGCUGACCCGGGACGAAAACGAAAGGAAAAGAGCCCCUUGCCUUGGCUUCCCUUUCCGUCGUUGGUCUUCGUCGUUGUCGGGGCGUGUCUUUCGGCCGUCGGGUGUCGUCGGUGGCGUCGACAAGAUCCUUCGUACCCACUCCUCGGCUGCCCCCCCUCAUUAGGCCGUUCUCACGAGGAGUCAGUCAAGAGAGAGGAGGAGGUAAGGGAUUC